AUGCAGGAAAGGUAUGACAAGCUGUGCGUAGAAGAAAAUGCCUUUGAAGCACUGGAAAAAGACUUCCAAGAAGUCCUCGAUGAACUCACGGGGGAUAAAAGUUUGGAGAAAUUCCGGAUUGAAUAUGAGAAGCUCCACGCGGUUAUGAGGAAAUCCUAUGAAAAUGAAAGGCGUCUCAUGACAAAAUGCAGGGAGCUGAACGCUGAGAUCGUGGUGAAUUCGGCUAAAGUGGCUACAGCUCUAAAGCUGUCUCAGGAUGAUCAAGCAACAAUAUCAUCGCUUAAAAGGGAGAUUGAAAAGGCCUGGAAAAUGGUGGAUGCUGCCUAUGAAAAGGAGCAGAAAGCAAAGGAAACCAUUAUCGCGCUGAAAGAGGAGAUUACCAACCUGACUAAAUUAGUGGAGCAAGGAUCUGGGUUAUCGCUGGGGCAAGAGUACAAUAUCCAGGAUUUGCUAAAAUUUAAGGACGAGGUAACAAAGGAGCGAGACCAUCUCUUGUCAGAGGUUGUGAAGUUACGUGAAAGUCUAACGCACACUACAGAGCAACAGCAGGAAACGGAGAGUGCAAAAACCGAGGCAGAGCAAACCAUCGCUCAGCUCCAGCAAGAAAUCCAGAUGCGUCAGAACGAGGCAUCGCGGGAGUCUCGGAAGAAAGAGAAACUGGAGAAAGAGCUGAAACACCUCGUCUCUGACACAGACAGCAAGAACGUUGAAAUCAAGACGCUUCAGCAGCAUGUGCAGAAGACCAGAGAGGAGCUCCUAAAAUUGGAGCAGCAGCUCAAGGAGCAGAAGAUCCUGAACGAGAGAGCCGCCAAAGAGCUCGAGCAGUUUCAGCUCAGAAACUCCAAACUCCAGCAAGAGAAUGAGCAGCACAGCCUGGCCUUUGAACAGGUGGUGCAGGAAAACCAGCAGAAGACAGUGGAGCUGAAAGUCAGAGAGGACGAGGUGACUCAGAUGCGUCACGAAAUCUCUAAACUGUCCAAGGCAAGGGAAAUCAUCCAGAGGAAACUGCGCGUUGCCGAGGAGCAAAAGGUUGAAGCAGAACACGAGAGGGAUACCCUGAAAAAUCAAAUCUCCGGAUUAGAGAGAGAGUUGGAGGUUGCUAAAAAGCAGGCAGAGACUGAUAAGAAAGCUAUAGAUGAGCUUGUAAGAGAAAGGGACAUAUUAAACAAGAACUUGCUUAAAGCUGCCAGUGCCACACAAAAGCAGCUGAACCUGGUGAAGCUCCAUGAACAGUCCAAGAGAAACUUGGAAGAAGAAAUCCAGAACUACAAGGAUGAGGCUCAGAAGCAGAGGAAGAUCAUCUACCAGCUGGAGAAGGAGAGAGACCGCUAUAUCAACGAAGCUAGUGAGCUCACCCAGAAGGUCCUCCAGCACAUGGAAGAUAUCAAAGUGCGGGAAAUGCAGAUUUUUGACUACAAGAAGAAGAUAGCAGAGGCUGAGACUAAAUUAAAACAGCAGCAGAACCUGUAUGAAGCUGUGAGAUCAGACAGGAACCUGUACAGUAAAAAUCUGAUUGAAGCUCAGGAUGAGAUCACAGAAAUGAAGAAAAAGCUCAAGAUUAUGACCCAUCAAGUGGAUCAGCUGAAGGAGGAGAUCACGACCAAAGAGGCUGCUCUUGUGAAAGUGCACCUGGAGCACCAGCGGAUAGAAAAGGAGAAGGAGUCUUUGAAGGCUGAACUGCUUAAGAUGAAACAACAAGCCCUGGAGACCAAGCACUUCAUUGAAAAACAGGAGGCAGAAGAGCGAAAACUCUUGAAAAUAAUUUCUGAGGCUGACACUGAGAGGCUGAAGCAGAAGAAGGAAUUAGACCAGGUUAUCAGUGAAAGAGACAUCCUGGGAUCCCAACUUGUUCGGCGCAAUGAUGAGCUGGCUCUGCUUUAUGAAAAGAUCAAAAUCCAGCAGUCCAUCCUGAACAAGGGGGAGAUCCAGUACCGGCAGAGGGUAGAAGAUAUCCGGCUCCUUAAGUUGGAGAUCAAGAAGCUUCGGCGUGAGAAAGCGAUUCUUGGCAGGAGUGUGGCUAACGUGGAGCAACUCAGGCAGGAGGUUUAUCACAUGCAGAAGGAGCUAUUGAAGGAGCGGACCCAUUGCCGAGCUCUGGAGGAGGAGCUGGAGAACCCCAUGAAUGUUCACAGAUGGAGAAAAUUGGAGGCCAGCGACCCAAGCACGUAUGAGCUCAUCCAGAAGAUACACACGCUGCAGCAACGGCUAAUCAGCAAGACCGAAGAGGUGGUGGAGAAAGAAUUGCUCCUUCAGGAAAAGGAGAAACUAUACGUGGAACUGAAGCACAUCCUGGCCCGGCAGCCUGGGCCUGAAGCAGCAGAGCAGCUGCAGCUCUAUCGGCACACUCUCCGUGAGAAGACCAAGCAACUUAAAGUUUUGUCUUCUGAACUGAACAUGUACGAGUCCCAAAGUCAAGAGUACAAAUACGAAAUCGAGAGACUUGCCAACGAGCUUCUGGACGUCAAGAAGAAAUACCUCACUCAGAAGCGCAAGGAGCAACAGGCCAAGGAGAAGGAACGAGCCUUGGCUGCCAUGGAGCAGGACUCCCCCGUGCAGAGAACCGACGUUCCUCGUUUCACAGGUGGAGGCUUCGCGCUCAGCAAGCAACCUCCCAGGGUGAUGGCCUAAUCUGGAGUCAUCUCUGCAGGUCUCAU